UGACGCACGAGGGUUGGACCUGUUCGUUGGGUGUUUUCCCAGUGAGCAUAAAAAAUGAAGACUUCCUCAAGUUUGUGCAGAUGCCGGAAACAGCCGUCAAAGCGGCUGCUAUACGAAAGAAGAUUAUGGGCGAAAAUCCUCCCAAAGAUGGCAAAAUGUUCUUCUCCGUUGAAAGAUUUGAUUACACGAAAGGAAUCAAGGAGAAACUUGCAGCUUAUAGACGAUAUUUCGAGAAGUAUCCGGAACGUGUAGGCAAGGAUACCCUCUACCAGGUUGCCGUGACAAACCGACGAUCAGUGCAAACCUAUCGGGUUUACCAGGAUAUUUGCUUGGAUAUGGCUAAGAAAAUCAACGAAGAAUUUCAUGAUCCACGCAGACCAGAAUGGAAACCAUUGAUAUUCCAAACAGAUGGUUUACCUAGACCAGAACUGGUGGCGGCAUACAUGGCUAUGGAUAUUGGUGUGGUAACGCCAAAGAAAGAUGGAAUGAAUCUGGUAAGUAAGCGAAAAAAAGAGGUUUGCCUGACCACAUACCGUAUACCUACCGUAAUCUGUGGGUUUUGGAAAGCGAAAUAACU